AUGCGCACCCAAAUCCUCAUUUCUGCCGUCGUGCUCCUUAGCUGGGGGUCCACCGCCUCCGCAUCAGCCUACCCUAGAGCUGCGACCAGAGUCGUACAAAUCGGCGGGCGAGGGGAUGAGUUCUGUACAGGGGUGCAUGACGCAGCUGGCGGUGACCCUUGCGAAGUUGCAAAGCCUGCCCCCAUCCCCCAGCCAUCGACAACAUAUGCAGAUGAUAGCGAGCCGACGCCGUCGAACGUCCCCGAAGAUUCGACGAAAUCCCGGGGGGAGUUGUGA